AUGUGUAAUAGUUUUCUCUAUAUUUUAGGUAUUGUCAUUAAUGAAAAUAUAAAUUAUAAAUUGAAAAUUUAUGGUGUUACUGGUGAUUGUCCGGUAUUAAGACUUAUUUUAAAUUUUAUAAGCCACAAUGGCUAUUACUGUUGUUGGCUCUGCUAUGUUCCUGGUGAACAUAUAGGUGGUAAACGUCAGUAUAAAAUUGAAUUACCAAUGAUCAUGCGUAAUAAAAGUGCUUAUGAAGAUGAAUCAAAUCUUGCUGAAGAAAAAAAUAUUAAUGUAUAUGGGCAUUUAGGUGUAAGUGUACUAUCACCGAUUCUUGAUAUACCAUUACCUGAUGCAGUCAUAAUUGAUUAUCUGCAUGUCACGUUGUUAGGGCAUGGAAAAGCCCUAAUAUCAAAUUUAUAUUAUACGUUGAAGCCUAUUCAUCGUUUGGAAGUCGAUAAUCGAUUAAAAAGACAAAAUUUCCCUCAUUAUUUCAACCGAAAAAUGAGACCUAUAAGUAACUUCGGUUUUGUUAAGGCAACCGAAAUAAAAAAUAUACUAUUUUAUGGUCUUUUACCUAUUUUUCAAUUAUAUUUACCAAUCGAAAAAUUAUCUCAUUUAGCCCUAUUUGUUUGUUUUACUCGUUUAUUACAUGCUGAAUCGAUAUUUGGAUCAAAUAAGACAAGCAAUGUUGCACAUGACUUAUUUCAACAUUUUUACCAUGAUCAUGAUGAAUAUUACUGUGGACUUCAAAAUUUAGUAUUGCAUUUACACACACAUUUUAAAACUAUGUACAACAAUCACGGUGCUUUAUCAAACAUCGGAUGCUUUGGCCAAGAAGACCUCAUCGGGUCCAUUGGCUCCAAUCACCAUGGUACGCGAUAUUAUGGGAAGUUAAUUACAUAUUACUACAACAUCGACUUCUCAUUACAUAACAAGCCAACAAAAACCAAAGCAAUCAUCGAAAAAAUUGAUUUAGUGAAUGAUGCUGUCGAUAAAUAUCAUGAUCUUCAUGCUCAGUUAUGUGACUGUGAACAACUACAUAAGUAUUUUAACAUUUGUCGACGUUUUAUUAUUAAAGACCGAAUGUUUCAUUCAUUGAUGUAUAAUAAACGUGGUUUUCUGAUCGAAGCCAACGAGAAAAAAAUCAAAAAAAUAUUUUCCCCGUCGGAUCCAUUACAAGCGUAUUAUUAUUUAAUUUCUCAUGAUGAUCCGGAAAAAUAUCGAGUUAUUGGUCGUUCAAGUGUUCAGAAGAUAACCAAUGAUAAAGCCGUCGUUACCAACAUUGCUGGUGAUGUACGGAUCCUGAAAUCAGGUACUUUAGAUUAUUGUCGAAAAGAAUUAAAGUUGAAGAUGCAGGAAAUGGAAGAACAAAACGAAGACAAAGCAAUAGAUGAACAAGAUGAAGACGACGAUGAUGACAAUGAAAUGAGUGAAGAUGAAGAUAAUGACGACGACUCGUAUAUUGGUCAAUCAUCGACUAGUUGUUUAAAAAGACCUAGUGAUGGAUUUAGUACUAGCAAGGCAAGAUUCCAAUCAAAUCAACGUUUUAAUCGUGAUCGCUCUUUACAAAGGAAUGGUAGAUGCCAAUCCAAAGUUACUGCUUCUCAUGAUCUUCCUGCUAAAAAUAAUUCAAAUAAUAAUCAUCCAGAUAAAAUUACUGGUAAUUUUUCACGGUUCACCAGCUCUUCACAAGAUGAUCAUUGCCAUAUUGAUACAAAUACUGAUAAAACUCAUUCAAGUUUUGUUGCAUUGCAGAAAAAUGAUCAAUUAUCAUCCUAUCGUGAUGAGAAUGACAAAGAAAAUUUUCAAGAUGAAAUUCCAUGGGAUGGUAAAAAUUUAUUGAAAGUUACUGGUCGAGAUAUUGGGGACUACGCUAGAAAAUUACUCGAUAUUUUAUGUACAACACAAGAAUUACAAUCCAGUAUUCUGCCAUCACAAGCUGCACACUUGUAUCAAAAAGAAGUUUUGGGCGAGGAUCGUUUCAAAAUUCUAAAUGAUGCCGUACGUGUCAAAUAUCGACUAUCAGAAGAUGGGUAUCGUCAGUAUUACACUAAUACUUUACGUGUAAAAUUAAGCCGUUAUCUAUAUGAUCAAGGGUCAAGAAAAUUGAAACAAGCAGGGAAUAACCAACAGCAACUAUCUCAACAACAACAACAACAACAACAACAACAACAACGAACGACGACGACAGCUAGUUCCAUUGAAAGUAAUCACUCUUACACUGCACAUAUGAAUGAUUGA